GGUCGCUGCAUUUUGAUUGGAUCCCGUGCGUUGAUCGCUCGCUUCUGGCUGAAAUUUUUUAAAUAUUGUUUUGUUUGUUUUCGAUUUUCGGGUUUUCGGCCAGUGACUGUGUUGUGUGAGUGAGUGAAUUUUUUUGGAGUGGGUUGUGACGUAUUUUCAAAAAUGAAUGGGGUAGCCAAUCCUCCAUUCAACAUGUCUAUAAUAGACUCGUACAAGCGAUUUAUGGAACGAAACAGCGACCCCCGAACAGAAGAAUGGACGCUGAUGUCAGGCCCCGGACCCCUACUGACCAUCUUAGCCACAUACGUGUACUUUUGCACAUCAGUGGGUCCUCGCUACAUGAGGGAUCGGAAACCAUAUGACCUCAAGAACACCAUAGUUGUGUACAAUAUUUCGCAAGUGCUGAUGUCUGUAUUCCUGGUUUAUGAGGGUUUAGUAUCCGGAUGGUGGAAUGACUAUAACUUCUCUUGCCAACCAGUGGACUAUUCGGAUUCGCCCAAAGCAAAAAGAAUGGCAGCAGCAGUAUGGUGGUACUUCAUGGCAAAGAUCAUUGAACUUUUGGAUACCGUUUUCUUCGUGUUGAGGAAGAAAAAUCGGCAAAUUUCCUUUUUGCAUCUGUACCAUCAUUUCAUGAUGCCCAUUUGUGCCUGGAUUGGGGUGAAAUUCUUGCCAGGAGGCCACGGGACGCUCUUAGGUGUCAUCAACUCCUUCAUCCACAUCAUCAUGUAUACCUACUACCUGAUUUCGGGGCUGGGCCCGCAGUACCAGAAGUAUCUGUGGUGGAAGAAGCAUGUUACUACACUGCAAUUGAUCCAGUUCUGCAUUAUUUUCUACCACAAUUUCUCGGUCAUGUUCGGUGAUUGCAACUACCCGAAGGGUAUCAACUUUUUGCUCUCGUUAAACGCUGGUCUUUUCUUGUACAUGUUCGGUAACUUCUAUUAUCAAAACUAUAUUAAAAUACACAAAAAAGUUGUUCAAAACGGAGACAUCAAAAAAGAAGUUAAGAAUGUAGAUAGCAAUGUAAUUAAUGGGCAUGUUAAAGUAACAAGUGAAGUUAAUGAAGAAGAUAUAAAAACUAAUGUUACAGAUGGAAAGAAGGAUUGUUAGCGAAAAUACUUCUUUAAGUAAGGAUACAGUUUGUGAUGCUAUGUUAAUAUUACUUCGUUUUAGUUCUUAGUCUAAACGAAAUUAAAGUAAAAGGUGAACAUGGAUGAAAUCUAAAUUAAUUGUAUAGUCAGUUAGUAGGUAUAUGAAGAGUUUAAUACCCCAUUUAUAUUGUAACGAGGUUUUAUUUUAGACAAUUAUUUUGUGAUGUUUGAAAUAUAUGAGUAGUUUAAGUUUUAUAAUAUUCUUAGUCUUAUUUUUACUAUAAACGAUUUGCUCAAUUUAUAUAUGACAUCGAAAUUAUUUAUUUAUAAAUUGUGUUGUCUUAUUUGUUUGAUAAUUUAUAACUUAAAUAACAUAACAAAUAUUAAAUUUAAAUUUGAACAAAUAUUAUAAGCACAAUGAGUAUUUUUGUAAUUGAUAUUAUACGUACUGCUAGUAUUUUUUUGUAUGACAAAAAGCCAUUGUUAGCGAAGAAAAACUAUUUGUAAUUUUCCAAUUAUGUUGUAUAUUUAAUAAGUCGCAUUUAUGGUUAGAGAGUCGGGCCAAGAUAACUUUGCACAAGCUUUGCAGCAACAGAGUGUGGACGUGCCACCAUUUAUGGGAAUUGGUCCCAUGUUUUAAGUAGCCUUAUUUUUAUCCCACUGCUGGGCAAAUGCGUCUCCUUUCUUCCUCCAGUCAUUACAGUUUGUUACAUGCUUCCACCAAUCGCUGCAAAAUGCGUCGACGUCGUCCACCAGCGCCAUCUCUUUUCGGCGAUGUCCAUUAGGUAGCCAAUUUAGCCCACCAAUCCCAUCGAUCGAUUUUUUGGUCCCAUGUAAAUAUGAAUUAAAGAGUGUCACUUCCACGCUUUGUUAUUUCAUAGCCGGUGCAGAGUUAGCCUUUAGACGGAAGGCCAAUAAUUUUGGAUCACAAUCACAGGUCAAUUCCAACAAUAAAAUGUUACUGAUCUAACAUGGAUCUGUUCCGAUCUCCUUUAUAGGACCUGCUGAAUUGCGCAUUAUGUCAACCUUCAACCAAAAACGUCACUUAUGACACCAACAGAUCAGUAUCAGACCAGUAUCAUAUUGGAAUGAGAUUUAAUAACUAAAGCUCGAUUGGCCCAUUAUUUGGUGCAGAUUAUCACAACCACCUACAGCUUUUAAACAAAUAUCGCAACAGUUAACGAACUAUACGUAAAUUGUAUUGCAAUCACGUAAGGUGUUUUCUUGAACUCUAUGAACUGUGUUUGUGGCCAUUUUUAUUCAAAUUAAUUGACUGUAAGUGAGACUAUAUGAGUAUUCCAAUUAGGACUUAGACAAAUGAUGCCAAAUUGAUCCAGCGAUAUUUUUAUCUUCAUUACAUAUAAUUUUAUUCGUUUGAUUACAUUACUUAAAACCAUCAGAACACAAAAAGUAAUUGUCCAAACGUACGGCGAUACCAAUAAAAUAGGAAAUGGUGAAUAAAUAAUUAUCAAUUGUU